AUUGCGCAUGCGUGUAAUUAGACAUGAAUAUUCUAAAAUAUUUAAAGCCACUUGUUAACAAAAAUAUUUACGUGUAAUAGAAGUUUAUCAAUAAAUUUCUUUGUAUCUUUUAUUUAAAAUAUUUUAUUUAAUAUGUUAGUAUUGUGUGUGUGUUUUUAAUGUUUUUAUAGUGUAAUAUAAUUCUUCAAAUAUGCUGUCUAAUAUAAAUCUAGGAAUAGGUUAAUCAAUCAAUAGCUGCUUAGGUCUUGUAAACUAUAAAUAUUGUAUUGAAAUAAUACAUAUUUUUAUUAUAAGUUAUAUUGAUAUAUUUCAAUAUGAGAAAUAUUUUAAAGUUCUAUCAAAGCUUAUUGAUUAAGUAUCCAAUAAGAACUCAGGCAGCACAAGCUGGUAUAUUAAUGGGACUAGGCGAUCAAUUAGCACAAAAUUUAAUAGAAAGAAGAAAAUUCAAAGAUUUAGAUUUUAUUAGAACUGGUCAUUUCGCUGUUAUAGGAUUUUUUCUGGCUGGUCCAGCGACUAGAACAUGGUAUGGUAUAUUAGAUAAAUAUAUUGGUUCCAAAGGAGGAACCGUUGUUGUAAAAAAAGUUUUAUGUGAUCAACUACUUUUUGCUCCUACUUUCUUAUGUGUUUUACUUGUUUCUAUCGGAUUCUUACAAGGGAGUGACAUUGAUAGUUUAAAGCAUAAACUAAAAAGUAGUUACUUUCAAAUAUUAAUAAAUAAUUAUAAGAUUUGGCCUAUGGUACAGUUAAUCAAUUUUUAUUUUAUCCCAUUACAGUAUCAAGUAUUACUUGUACAAUCGGUUGCAUUAUUAUGGAAUACAUAUAUUUCUUAUAUAUCCAAUUUAGAAUAAGAUUGGUAGAAAAUAAUAAAUUUGAAAGGUACGCUUCUAAAUUUUAAAAUUAACACAUAUUUGGAUUAUUUUAUAAAAAAAAUAAUAAAUCUAAUAUUUUUAUGCGAUGAAAUUAAUAUCUUAAAAAUAAUACGAGAAACAAAGCAUUACAUAAAUUUGAUAUAUAGUGUUAAAAAUGACUAUGCUUUUAUGAUUACCUGUACGCAUCAAUAAAGAUAUUAUACAUCUAUAUUAUUCAUGUAAUAUAUUAUGUAAUAUACACAUGUUCAAAGAUAUUUGUUAUAUUUUUGUAAAUAUAUACAAAAUCAUGAUCAAUAAAAAUAUUAAUUACUUCAAU